UAGAUGGUCAGGAUACUCAGCUCUCACCCGAGAGACCCGGGUUCAAUUCCCUGCAACGGAACCUUUUCUUCGCACUAAAAUUCUUUUCGCACUCAAUGAGUAGGAUCACGGCGCUUUGUUUUGUCUCACGCCUGACAACUUGUGGUUCAUCGCCACAAGUUCUCCCUCUCUAGGUUUUGCAAACUCUGAGUGAACAAAAAAGCAGCGACGAUGGAGAAGCAAGGCAGAGGAAGGAGCAAGAGGAGAGGUUUGGAGGAGAACACGAUGGCGAUUCUCGACACCUCCGGCUUCAACCGGGACUCUCGCCACCGUAACGAUGACCGGCUUGCUUUUCUGGAAGCUGUUCGCUCAGCUUCUCUAGUUCCUGAUGAUGCAAUUGCUCCUACUAAAACAAUGUUUGGAGCAAUUUUUCAAAUUCUCAAGGAUGAGAGUACAUCGGAACUUGUAGUAGCAAGCUAUCAACUUUUAAAUGAGUUGGAUAAGCGUUUUCCUCGGGUGUACUUUCCCAAGAUUGAUAAAUCGUAUUCAUCACCAUCAACUAAAUUUCAAGAACUAGUCUUGGUUGAAGAGAUUUGGUCUCCAUUUAGUUUUUGUUUGGAUAGUGAAAAGGAGGAAAUGAGUACUGACUCAGGAAGAUCAAUCAACCCCUUGGACUUUCAUUCUCUGGUGCAAACCAUUGGUGAAGUGGUCGAGAAGAAGCCUGAGGCAUCAGAUAUUAAGGCAUUUAGGAACAUAUUGUUGUUUCAGUAUCUUGUAAAUGUUCUUGAAAGAGAUAUGCUACCUCGUAAUGGUGCAUACAAAGAAAGUAUGAACUGGAAUCUUAUGCGGGAGUCGUUGCUCAACAUGCUUCUGGGGUCUAGAAAAAUAGUCUAUAAAACCUUAAUUAAAGACUGCUUGUCUGCUGCAUGCUAUUUGUAUCAAGAAAUGAACUAUACUCCAAGUAUGGCAAUGGCCCAUUCUGGAAAUUGCAAUGUUGCAGUGGCAAUGGCUUUACCUGAAGCUAAACAGUGUGCAUGCGUUUCCCUGAAUAAACUUCUAUUAUUGAUUAUUGAGCUUGAUUCAUCAAGGAACUUAGCAGACUCGCAAGGCUUGACCACUAGAUCUGAUGGUGUAAGGACCCCUGUUUCCGAGAUUAUUCUGGAUGAAAUAACUUAUAAUAAUGAUGCUCUCUCAUUUUUUCAGAUAUUUGAUGAGCCCGAACAGAAGCUAAAGUUAAUUGUCCAUUAUCUCCAGAAGUACAUCCCCAAGACUUCUGCUCGCACAAGGUCAAAUAAUAGCACAACAAAUGAUGCAACAUUUGAGAGUAUUUUGAAGUGCUUUUCAAGUGGAAACAGUACAAAAAAUAUCAUAAAGAAAAUCAACGGCGAGGUCGCACAGUUGCUUCUAGGACAUGGGUUUGAGGCUUACUUGUCCAUGUCAAUGCGGUGCUCGCGUGAAUGCAAUACAGAUUUUGAAGACGGUGUAAAAAACACCACUCUUCCAGAAAUCUGCCAGAAAAUAAUUACUGCUUUUACAUGGAUUGAACGAGAAGGCAGGAUAAAAGAACUUUCACAAUUCGGUAAAGAAACGCUAUUUACUGCAGCAACCAUCCUCUCCGCCAACUCAUAGGAUAGGGAUAUGACCGUAGGAGGGAGGGAAUGAGGGAGUAGUACUAAAUGUGGGUAUUAUUGCUUUUGGUGAGGAUUCUGUGUACAUUAGAAUGAGCAAUUGCCCAUUGCUUGGUAUUAAAAUUUCUAGCAUGUGUGUUCCUUCUACACUUCUCCUAAAGCUUUAGGAGGCAGCAUAAUUUGCUUAGGCCUUGUUUUCAGGGUAGGUUUUAGUUCAUUUCGUUUUUACAUGAAAAUUAAAGUUUUAUAGUCCCUCCCUUCCUUUGGACUUUGGCGGCUUUUCUUUUUUGUUUGUCUCAUGAACUUUGUCACUUUCCUUUUAAAGCAACGAAUUUGUGGCUCUUCUUAUUUUUCUCUUUUCCUCGGCACAAAC